CAUCUUUUCGUCCCUCGUAUUAGAUCUAGGUUCAGGCUCUUCAAGAAUGGAGAGACUUUCCAACUCACGUGACUUGUUGUUCGCGGUCACCGUCGCUUGCUUGGCGCUCGCCUCGGUCGCCGGGGCCCCCUCGAGGGAGCCCUGCGCUCCCCGCGUGGAAGACUUGCUCCGAGGCAGGCCCUCGUCGGAGUGGAGAAGCCUGGACUUGAGUGUCGCGGAGGAGACGCCUCCCGUUUUCGCGCUCGAUUUGCACUUCCCGUCGAAGGUGGGGAAGUUCGUUUACUUGUGGGUGGAGGCACGAGGUGUGCCCGUCCCGGGCACCUUCGGCCGCUUCCAUGGGAUCGCCGAAGAGAAGAUCUGCGCCGAUGAGGCGCAUUCAAUGUGCAAGGCCGGCCACAAGCACGUCCAGUGGGCGCUUGUGGACAAGCUGGUGAUAUUCUGGGGUGUCCCAACCUUGAAGGAGGCACAGAUGACCUGGGUGCCUGAUUCGAACCUGGACUUGCACGCCGGCGACAUCGUUUUCAAGGCCCUGGCACGAGACAAGGCGAACCAGACUUUCUAUGGGCAGGCCACGGUCAUCGAGCAGAAGCCACUUGCGGUCAAAAGGAGCGCGCCUGAUCAGGAGAAUCCAGGAGAUAUCUACGACGGAUGUGGAACGUUUAAGAGUUGCUUUGGGUGCGUGAGCUCGAGCAGUUGUACGGGGGUCGAUUCCGGUUGCUUGGAGGACAGGUCUUGCGAGGUGGUGGUCUCGUUCGAGAGUGGCGGCAGAGGGGGCGUUUCCGUGCGUCUGCGGGGCGAGAAUUCCCUGGAUCCCGGCUAUGUCGCACUGGCAUUCUCAACCGAUGCAAGGAUGGGUGAAGAUGCAGUAAUCACAUGUGUCAACCAAGGAGGAUCAGUGAAAGUAUCUGGAUCAUAUAAUCCGACCGAACAGAGGACAAAUUUCCAGUUCCCAGCUGGUGAGCAAACGAUGAAUCUGCAAGACGCGAGUGGAAGCUACGCGGACGGACGCAUUUCCUGCAGUUUCCUCCUUGCAUCGGAGACGAACGUGAAGAGCCAUGCCUUGAAUUUCGUCUCGACCGUCCAUUCCCCCCUUCUGGCCGUGGGUUCGGCCGCCUCCGUCGGUCAGUUCCAGCAUCAUUCCAUGAGAACACCUGCAGAACAAACCCAUGAGUUGCUGCAGCAGGAUGAUCCGUAUGCGAAUUGUGGGAAUGAAAAGAUCUGCAUCGGGUGUGAUGCAAGCAAUUUGUGUGUGGAAUCAGGAGAAUGUCUCGACGCCAAAAACUGCAUCAUGUUUUUGUCUUUCAUACCUGCAAAGGAUGGGGAGACUUCUGUCACCAUCACCAUCAUGAGACUGGAUGCUGCAGAGAACACAUAUGUCGCCGUGGGAUUCUCUGGUGAUCAGAGCAUGGGAGAAGAUCAUGUCGUAGAAUGCGUGAAAGGUUCCGGAAGUCCGCAGCUGUACCGAUCAUACAAUGAAGGACCUGGCCUGAACGUCCGUCUUUCCUCAGGAGAAGAUCAUGUCGUAGAAUGCGUGAAAGGUCCCGGAAGUCCGCAGCUGUACCGAUCAUACAAUGAAGGACCUGGCCUGAACGCCCGUCUUUCCUCAGAUCAGCAGGGGCAAGGAGUUUCUUUGAUAUCGGGUUCAUAUGAAGGGGAUAUCUUGAUAUGUGAAUUUACGCACGACUUGGUGACGUCAUCGAACCCCGGUGGAGAGUUGAAAUUGAACACCAACCUCUACCUCCUCCUCGCCAUAGGGAAUACCGAUCCCGAGAAUGUCCUUGGGUACCAUGCAAAUCGAGGGUUUUCUCCAAUUCAGCAUGUCAUGGCACCGCUCUUUCAGAUUGAUCCAUAUGCUGAUUGUGGGAAUGAGAAGAUCUGCAUCGGGUGUGAUGCAAGCAAUUUGUGUGUGGAAUCAGGAGGAUGUCUCGACGCCAAAAACUGCAUCAUGUUUGUGUCUUUCAUACCUGCAAAGGAUGGGGAGACUUCUGUCUCCAUCACCAUCAUGAGACUGCAAGCAAAAGAGAACACAUACGUCGCCAUGGGAUUCUCCACUGAUCAGAGCAUGGAUCAGCAGGGGCAAGGUGUUUCACUAAAUUCGAGCUCGUAUGAAGAUGGUGUCCUGAUGUGUGAAUUUUCCCACGACUUGGUGACAUCAUCGGAUCUCGGCGGAGAGUUGAAUUUGGGAUAUGCCCUCUCCUACCUCCUUCUCGCCAUUGGGAUUACCAGUUCAGAUGCAGAAACUACGCUUAUGGGGCAUACAAAUCGAGGGAGUUCUCCAUUCGAACAUGUCAUGGCACCGCAAGAUCCGUAUGCGGGCUGUGGGGAUGCAAAAGGAUGUCUCGGAUGCGUGGAGAAUCAAUGCGGAGAAUACGGAGGAUGUCUUCAAAACAAAACCUGCGACAAAUUGCUGACUUUCAUCCCCGCCGGAGAGGGGGAGACUUCUUUCACCGUUACCAUCAUGAGAAAGGAAGCUCCAAAGAACACUUAUGUUGCCAUGGGAGUCUCCCUAGAUGUGUACAUGCGUUUACCAACCGUGGAAGAAGUUUACAAUGGAUGUGGUCUUACCAUGGGGUGCUUUGGAUGCAAGGGUCCAAGAUGCGAUUCCACCUGCUUGUCUAGCCGAGAUUGUGAUGGUCUCGUCGCAUACCGAGGCUCUCUAGACAGGACUAAAGUUGCCUUCACUCUUCUUGGCAAAGUUUCGAAUGACAUGGAAUACGUUGCUGCCGGCCUCUCUACCGAUGCCAGAAUGGGACGUGAUGGGGUGGUGGAGUGCGUUCUUGAGGGUGGAAAUGUCAACAUAUACAGAUCCUUCAACAUAGAAAGAGGUGGAAAUAAGAGACUUGCCGAGAGCGAGCAAAAGAUGGGGAUCUGGGGAAGAUCCAGUGUCUUCGAAGAUGGAAUGAUCAAGUGCGGGUUUACUCUUCCUAUUGAGUUUACCUACCAUGACAUGGCAUUCAACCUAAAUUCUACCAAGUAUCAUGUCCUGGUUGCCGCCGGCACUGUCGCAGCAGCAGUGCAGGUCUUGUGUGAGCACCUCGUGGACAGUGCUCUUGCCAACGUCGAGCCCAUCAUCCAGCUCCUGAGCAGUCACUUGCCAGUCUUAUCCACCAGCUCUCGCACCGCUCGACAAGCUCUGGUGUCUGGUGGCAUCAUCACUGCCAGGUAUUUCAAGAAGACUUGGGUCGGUAACCAGGUUUGUAAGAAGGAUAUUUGGUUCACGAUACACCGAGGUUUCAUGGUGACGACCUGGACGCUGACCAUCGUCGGUUUCUUCUGCAUCUUUGCUCAUGCAGACUGGGAAUUACUCGAGAAGCCCCAUCAUCUGGUGGGGAUUGUGUCCGUGGUGUUGUGUUUCAUCCAACCUUUCAUGGCUCUUUUGAGGCCUCAUCCUGGGGAUCCCAAUAGGCCCAUCUUCAACUGGGUUCAUUGGGGAGUUGGUACUACUGCCCAUGGCCUCGCAAUGGCGAACAUAUUUUUGGCGUUCGGCCUCCAGUCCAUCAUUUUCCCAAAUAAAAGCUACAUCGUCAUGGGGUUCUUCGUCGGGAUGUACGUUCUUGCCCAUGUCGUCCUGCAGGACGGUGUGACUUCCACGAGCAUCACUGGUCUCGGUGACAAGCUUAUUUUGGAUGUAUUGAGGCGAGAUUAA